AUGUUCCGGCAUCACGUGCGGUACUACCCGGAAGCCAACUCACAUCUCACUCAGUUUGAGGGCUUCACACCUCUCCGCGACCUUCUCUGGGAUAUACCUAACAUGUCUGCGGUCGACAUACAGCUAGUAGACGCCGAUCGACGCAGCAACUCAGCCAGCAGACGCACUGGCAAGAGAAAGGCCCGCCCAUUGGCUGGUGGCCUCUCUGAAUGCAGAACGGCCAAGAAGUAUCCAGUCGAGGCAUCGCCUUUCAAGCUGGCGGACAACUCAGCUGAGGUGUUCAAGUCGCAGGAGGAGCUCGACGAGGCGCUCGAAGGCCUGAAAUCGCGAGAGGAGAAGCUGGCCGAGCUCAUCGAUACCUACAGUCCGCCUCACUUUCUUCUGGGAGAGGCCGGUGAGCCGUUUGAGUAUCUCUGUCGCAGUCUCAUCGAGCACCAGAUCUCGUCGAAAUCCGCGCAGACGAUCUGCUCCAAGUUCAUGCUCCGAUUCGGCUCGGAAAAAGAGGGACGCUUUCCGACGCCGUCGCAGGUGUGCAAGGGAACCGACGACGAGUUGAAGGCGGCCGGUCUGAGCGCUCGCAAGAUGUCGUACAUUCAGGAUCUUGCGAGGAAGUUUGACAGCGGUGAAAUUGACACCGAAAUGUUGAUGAAUACGGGAAAUAACGACUGCCACAAGAUUCUGACGCAAGUGAAAGGCAUUGGGACGUGGAUUGUCGACAUGUUUCUACUUUUCUGUCUCAAGCGUCAAGAUGUUCUCCCACUAGCUGAUUUGGGAGUGAGACGAGGUUUUCAGCAGUUCUUUAAUUUGCCAGCUCUUCCUCCUCCUGAGCAAAUGCUGCUCCUAGCAAAGAAAUGGGAGCCGUACCGAUCAAUUGGCACAUGGUACAUGUGGCGUCUGGCAGCGGCAACCCUUCAGUAAUAUCCUA